CAUGCGCACAGUGAAUCAGCCAGGGCGCGACAUCCUCCUCCUCCUGCUGCUGCUGAUGAUAAUGAAGAUGGCACUGUAAAUACUCCCUGACCUCAUUUCCCUACCUGUUCGCUUAAUGCAAAAAAAAAAAAAAAACUUCUCAUAAAUCUCAGAAAUCCCGAGCUGUUUUCUGUUUCUGUGCGCGUGAGGUUGUGACGCGGAGAGGCUUGUUUUCAUCCUGCUUUAGUCUCGGAGUUUAAAAGACGCCAGAGAGGCUCCCUACACGCUUCUCCAGCGCGCGUGCAAGGAUUAAGGGGCAAUCAGUGCACAUCUACUUCAACAUCAACAAGCGAAUAAUAAACUAAUAAUCUAAUUACGCAUGCAUGAAUACUUCCCACGGCGUCUGGGAUUUCACUACGAGAGCCACAGUAACACGAGAACAGAAAACUGUCACUGACCGUGGAAACGGCGGUGGAUGUAUUAUGUAAGACAUAAUAAAUAAAUAAUCAGUGGAGCGCGCGCGGGUUUGUGCUGCAGAGGAACUGGAACGACGGGGUUGAAUUAGAUCCUAGUGUCCAGAUCUGAACCUCGUUCCCGGUACCUGUGCAAGGGGUUGCUCGCUUGCUGUCAAAUCCAGCCCCGAUGACGAGCACCAGCGACAACGCGGCCACGAAGAAGAUCCGCUCGGAGUACAUGAAGAAGUUCCGCGAGCCGAAAUGGGAGACCUUCACCAAAUGCUACCAGGACUCGGUGAAGUACAGACUGAGCCGCCGGCUGAUGGAGCACACGCACCGGCCGCUGUUCGGGGACGGCUGGGACAGCGGAUCAGACUCCAGCGGCAGGUCCAGCCCCAGGGUCAGAGGGGUGACCGAGUCCUCAAACCCGCAUCCGUCCUCUUCCGAGAGCGCAGACGUGCCUCGGGUGAACGCGGACACGGACACCGCCGAGCACGAGCACAACUCACUUCCUCUAGAGAAUGGAUACCAGCACGUCACAGCUAACGGGCCAUCGGAGCUCCCGCUGAGACAGAGACACAGAGCUCCUCGUUCUGAACCCAGUCUCCCUCAGCGUGAACUCGACACAGAUGAAUCCACCGACUCCACAUUGAGAAAACCGACCCGAGCCAAGAGCCAGCCGCCGGCCGGCGCUGCAGAGAAAACCUCCAACCGGGACAACAGACGCUCGAAUAUCCGUUACGACUGGGCCGAGAGGAGCGUGGAGGCCAGGGAGAGGAGGAGGCUCAACAUGAAAGGCUCAGCGUCUGCUGGAGAGAUCCACCGGGCCGACGUCGGGGUCCAAACACGCCGUGACUCUGAAAAACGUGGAAAGGUCUCAGAGCGUCGGAGAACGAGAUCGGCUGACCUGGAGAAGUUGCGACGGUCCGAGCUCUCGGCAGUGGACGAUCGCUGGAUUACCGAGUACAUGCGCUGCUUCUCGGCCAGGCUGAGUUGUUGCAGCCAGAAUGGACUGGACCAUGACGAGACUAAAAGACUUCCAUUAUGCUUAUAGCUUAAACUCAGGACACGUAACGGGAAGUUUCUCAGUGUGCGCUCUCAUAUAUUCAUCCAUCUCGACCUCGACUUUCACUGCCCGAGUUCAGUUCCACCGCAGAAGAAUGUAGGAAAAGAACAAAUGUCCAGACGAGUUCUUGAUCCAACCUUGACAUCGGUACGACCCUGAAGAGAAGGAAAUAAAAGACCUGGAAUGUAUCAUAACAACUUAGCAACUGUGGACAAGGUGUAAGUUUUCUGCUCGUUCAUUUGAAAAAAUUCUGUGUGCAAAAUUCUGGUUCAGACUAUUAGACGAGAAAUGGUUGAAUCGUUGAUCAUUUUGUUCAUACAAGUUCUGGUUAGCUAAACAAGCUAGCUAGCAAUAACCUCACGAGGUAACUUAGCUUCCUGUGGCAUGACUUGGACGUGGCAUCGCUAACACUACAGUCAGUUAUACAGCAUGACUCCAUCUCUGUCUUUGCUAGAGGAACUCGGCAAGAACAUUCUCCCAGGAAGUCCAUUCAUCGCAAUGAUUCGCAUCAAAAUCACAGAGUGACACGUUAAACGGGUUCGUAUUAUACUACGGGUUGUUGGUUCGGAUCUCAUACCAGCAUCAGGGAACGUUUGAAGCUUUUGUUUGACCAAAAAAGUACCUAACCCUAUUCAUCCAGGUCUUAAUUUCUUCAUUCCGUUAAAAAAAAAUCAAAAAGCAAAGAACAAAUGAAAAAAUAGCAUAAUUAAUGAAAAUCUUCUAUUUUAUUAUGAGUUUUGCAGUCUCUAAUCGACUUCACACUUGAUUCAGGGCUAACCAGGAAACAUUAACAAAUAAAUUACGACAAUAAAUAAUUUCAUGAUUGAUGUUAUGAAUAUUUAUUGAGAUUAUUGGUGGGUUGUGCAAAUAUCUAAUGUGUUUUGUUUUGGUGGAUUUCUUGGAAUGCAACAUGAAGUAUAAGAUGAAGCAGCUAGACACUGAAGGAUCUGCUGCUAAAUAUCUGUGUGGACCAAAACGAUUAGCUUGUUUUGAAUUUGUGUAUUGAUUUCUUCUCCGUCUCUGGAGCUCGUCAGGUUAAAGUGAUGUGAUUUAGUUGUUUUUGAAUGAUUUGAAACAGCGUAUGUUUGUCGUGGUUUGACUUUUACACACCAGUGUCAUGAGGGUGAUGCUGUGAUGCAGCGUGGAGUUGAACUGAAUUGUGGAAAGAAAUAGGUAUAAAAUGUAGGUUUGUAAAAUCUGAGGUGUGUGUUGUGUUCUCGACAGACACCUAGAGGAUCACAGUCCAUGGUUUUAUCAGGACGUAGCCACUAUACUGCAGAAGGGUGACUGGCUUUUGAUCCAAAUAGUUUAACUUUUAUUAGCAGUUUCUGAACAUCACUUCUAUCUAUCCAUCUGAAAUCCUUCAUAAACCAGAUUUCCAGAAGAAGAUGUUUGCAGCUGAUGGCCACCAGAACCAGUAAAUAUUACUUAGUUAAUGAAGUAGAUUUUUGGUAGAAACAUUUAUUUAAUUAACGUUAAUUGUUAGCAAGCUAACCGUCAGUCACCAGCUAAUCAACUGAAGCAGAAUGACCUGAAAACUGUACUUGAAAUAGCGCCACCUCAUGUCCUAUCACACAAAUCUGACCACUUAAGCUAUCUUUUUCUGUGCAAAAUGAAACUGUUCUAAUCACAUAUCAGUAUAAUACUGUCACCAUGUUUUCUUUCUGACACGCCUCUUACUGACACACUUCCAACUGGCACACCUCCAACUGACAAACCUCCAAUUGACACACCCCCAACUGCCACGCCUCUAACUGCCACGCCCACAACUGACACACCCCCAAUUGACAUGCCUCCAACUGAUACACCUCCAACUGAAACACCCCCAACUGACACGCCUCCAACUUACACACCUUGAACUAACACACCUCCAACUGGCACACCUCCAACUGACAAACCUCCAAUUGACACACCCCCAACUGCCACACCUCUUACUGCCAUGCCUUUAACAUACACACCUCCAACUGACACGCCUCCAACUUUAUACACCUACAACUGACACGCUUCUAACUGACACACCUCUAACUAACAUACCCCUAGGUGACAUGCCCCAAACUGCCACACCCUCAACUGACACACUUGCACUGACACACCCCUAAUGCACAAACACACCACCAACUCGGAAACUCUGAGCUCAAAGAAAAUCCCACUCGUAAUUACGACUUUGUGGUGCCGUUCUUGUGCAUUUAACUCGUAAAUACCGCCUUUCCUACAUGACUUGAACAUUCUAAAUGAAGGACAGUCACAAUGCUAGCAAAGCCAUUAUCUAUCAUUACUAUUUAGCUUAUUACCUAGCUUAAUUAUCUAUCUUUCCAUAAUGCUGUUACUUUAAUUAAUUAAUUUACGUAUCUGAUCAUUAGCUCUGUAACUAACACUUUUAAGCGAGUCUUCUUACAAACACCAUAAUAACAGAUUCGACAUUUACAUUUCGUCACCAUAGAAACCUAGAAAUUUCUGUACUGUCUGGUAAAAUCCCUCAGGUUUCUUAUUGAUUCAUUUCAUUUUUUUCCCACAUCCCCUCUGCAUGGCUGCACUCCUGUAGGUGGAACCUUCUCAGGUUCAUUAUACUGAAUAUUUUUUUAACUUGUGAUUGAAACGGAAGCUCUUGGGGUCGGAUGGCCGGUCGGCGCUUAUGAAUGUGUUUAUAGAUGAAACGAUCACCAGCUACAAUGGAAACAAAAUACAGCAAUGUUGCCAUAUAAAGCCAAUUAUUUUGCGUUCACUCGCCAUUUAUUACGUGAGAAGUGUGGACGUAAUCACAAAGCUCUGGACCAACAGCAGCAGCAGUACACCACAGUAGUAGAGCUGGACAGUACUUCAACGUAAGGAUAAAUAUGUACAUAUAAUUUAAUGCAAAACUAACAGCAGAACCUUUAACAGCCAUGUCAUAUCUAAAGAAAAAUGUUAUAAAGUGGAAAUUACUGCAAUUAAACUUUAAGAUUUUAAGACCAAAUCAGCUUUUUUCAAAAUUAAUGAACAUUAAAAACAUCAGUAAAUGAUGUAUAAGAGAUAAAGUAUAGUAUAAAACUCUAUUGAGCUUCCACAAUAUCUCUCAUAAUAUCAAUAUAAUAUCAUAUAGACCAAUAUCUACACUGAAGAGUGAUUCAUAUGCAGCUGGAUCUCUCUCUCUCUCUCUCUCUCUCUCUCCCUCUCUCUAUAUCUCUCUCUCUCUCUCUCCUUUUUCCUGAUAACUUUGUGGUUUGUAUUUUGAGUUUGCUUGUUUGAGGUUUGUUUUGUGCUAUAAUAAUAAUAAUAAUAAUAAUAAUAAUGUACCAGAUGAUUAUAUGAAGAAUGUUAUUUCUAAUCUGAAUGAAUAUCUAUUCUCAUGAUUGACUUGUUUAUUUUGCAGCGGUUUACAUUUUUAAACAUUGUAUUUGUAUUAGGGUUUGGAACGAAAAACAAAACGAAAAAUACAAAUGUAAAUCUAUUUUUUCGUCUGUGAAUAAACUCACUUUGGAGCAUUAAUAAAAUCAUGUUCAAGCUACUU